GCUGCAGUCGCUUGUUUACAUUUUGCAUCUUUACAUAACGAACUUAGUUAUAGCAGCACAUAAGCACACAAUGGCACUGUUCGAGAUGAAGUGGCUGCGCCGCUGGGUGCGGCGCAACACGAAUCCCAUACCGGAGCACCGGGCGGAGCUGUGGAAGCGGCGCCUGAGCAUCGGGUACGCCGUUCUGGCCUGGCAGGCAUUCGGCCUCGUUUGCUAUAUGGUCUACACCGGACGCAACGACUGGGCCAAGUACUACGGCUACAAGACGGAGGAGGAGAUGGCCCUUUCGCCGGCCCAACAGUUCGCCAAGCACCUGAAGGUCGAGGGGACCGGCAAGAUCAUCAGGUUCUCUGGAUUCCACAAGGUGGAGGAGGUGCCCUUCGACGCCAGCGAGGUGGAGCGGGUCAAGGAGUAACUGUAGUUCCCACCAGCUCAGUGAACCAUUAUUUUUUUUUAGCCAUCGUAUGUUUAUUGCCAUUAAAGCUUACAAAUAGGACUU